UUUCACUUCCAUCCACGUUUUAGCGAUUUAAGGGCCAAGGUAAAGGGCGCAUAAAAUCCUUGCGGGAAGCCGCUCUUUAGCGGGGAGAAAUUGUAGGGAACGACGCUCUUCUGGCUGCUGCCAACCGCCAAGGCUCUCUUUAACUCGUAAGCUUUGUUCAUUGCAACCAAAGUCAGAGAAAUUGGAGGGAAAGACGAUAUCAGUUGGCGCCAAAACCCAAAUCAUUUUCUUUAUCCUAAAACCCCGAAACCAAUACUUUACUCUGCAUUGUUUUACUAUCACCCUUGAAAGCUCAGUAGCUUUUCAAGUUCCCGUCUAUUGAUCCUCUAUGGAACCAAUUGGCCCUCUGCGUAAACGCCCAAAACCAUCCAACGGUGUUGAUGCUACAGUUAACAGCAGCAGAUUCAGUGAUCUGCCAUAACAAGUAGUUCAUCGCAUAUUCUCAUUCAUGGAAACCAUAGAUGUGAUCAGAGCAAGCGCCGUGUCAACGAACUGGAGGUAUUUGUGGGCUUCGAUGCCUCACCUAAACUUUUCUUAUACAGAUUUUUGGCUAAACCCAUUACGUAAAGAAUUAUCUCUUACCAGAGUUUAUGAGAAAUUCAAGGAUCUUAUCAACUGGGUUUUAAUGGCCCACGACAAAUCUGUUAGCAUCCAAAGCUUUCGUCUCUUUUGCUUGAAUAAUGACGAUGAUCAUUCAUUAUACAGAUGGGUCAAUAUCCUGGCCCAGAAACAUGUGCGAGAGCUUUAUUUAAUUAUCACUUCUGACAGUGAGAAACCCUUUGCCUUGCCCCGUUGUCUUCUUGCUUCUGAUUCGUUAGAGGUAUUUGAGUUAGAUUUGCGGUUAUGUGUUCUUAAGAUUCCUAGCUAUGCGGGUUUUAGUGGAUUAAAGUCCCUUCGACUGGUGAACACUCAGCUGUUGGAUCAGAAUUUGUUUCAAAAUUUUAUUUCAAGUUGUCAUCUGCUUGAAAAUUUGAGUUUGGAACGGUGUGUGUUCCAUGAUUUUAAGGUUCUUGAUAUUUCUUUAAGGAAUCUAAGGAAAUUGGUUAUUGAUGGUGAUGGUUGUGACAUUCCUUUUGAUGAAGGUUUAAGUAAGUGUGAGCUCAAAAUUGCUUGUCCAAAUCUUUUGUAUUUUGAUUUGUCAGGUCCAUUUGUGCAGAGCCUCUCUUGGGACAAAUACCCUUCUUUUCUGCAAACAGCCAUCCUUUUUGCCUUCUCGUAUGAUCGUCCAGAACUAAAUGAAGAGUUUGCUAAUUUUGUGUUGAAGAUUCUCGGAGGGGUUUGCCAUGUAGAGGCUUUGAAACUACGCAUAAGCAUUUUGGAGUAUAUUUCUCCUGCAGCUGCUAAACCAGGGUGCUUCUCCACUAUCUUUUAUAAUUUGAAGUCCCUAAGAGUGUCCACUGGCAUGGAAAAAUGCUACUUACAAUCAAUAAUCUACUUGUUGAAUUGUGCUCCCAACCUACAGCUUCUUUCAAUACAUAUCGAUGAAGAAAUGUGCGAAUACGAUUAUGAAUGGAAGAUACCAGACGAGGCUAUUGCAUGUUUAACAUGUCAUCUCAAGAUGGUUAAGCUAAUUGAAGUUGACAGUACCGACUAUGAGCUUGAGAUAAUCGGUUUUUUUCUGAAGCAUGGUCAUGUGCUGGAGAAAAUGAUCAUCAUUUGGCAUAGCGGUGUCCAGCGGGAAAGUCAAAGGGCGGCUAUCCAGGAGGUAAUGAAGUUUCCUAGAUCUUCUUCAUAUGUCACCAUCACAUUCUCUGAGCUAAAGCAAUUUGGCUGUGAUGAGUUAUGAAUAAUUGUGUAAAAUUAUCUGUAACUAAUUGAGUGUCUUUUUCGUCUGAUAACAAGAAAGUAGAGUUGUUUUACAAUAGUUACUUCAUUUCCUUAUUUUGUGGAAUUUAGCACUGAUUUUUUCUUUUAUCAUUGAUGAUAAAUAUAGGCAUUAUUUACAUUAUUGCCAUCAAAUUUGAUAGCUAUUUCCAUCUUUAUAUGAAGAAUAAUGGAUACAUAAGAUUCCGACCAGUAUGUCUAGGUGUAAUAUAAAAUACCUAAAGGUAAUUCCUGUCUGGGGAGUAAUAUAAAAUACUUCUGUAUAAGAGACUUUAGAAUCAUAUAAGAAGCACUUGCAUACCUAUCUGAAGAUAAAGUCAUUCAGAAAAGAGGUGAAACAAGUAUACAACAGGUACUCAGGACUCAUGUUUUAGCACCAUGGGGAUUGCUCGUACUUGAGAACUUGAAAAGAUCCAUCUUCAAAUCCAAAAGCAAAUUGUGGCCAUAUCAAAAUUGAUCCAUCCUCAAUGUUUAAAACUUAAAAUAAGCAAAUUUUGGCAUAAAAAUCAACAUUCAAUGGUAAAGAUGGAAAGAGCAGAAGCAAGGAAAGAAUUGUACGGG